AUGGCGGGGGGACCGGUGGACCCCAGAGAGAUCCUGAAGGGUGUGGAGGCUCUGCUGGGGAAGGACGGAGAGCUCCGCAGCCUGGAGGGAGUCCCCAAGGUGUUCAGCCUGAUGAAAGCUUCCACUAAGAUGGUCAGUAGAUGCAUGUACCUGAGCAUCCUGCUGCAGACCAAAUCCCACGACGUUCUCAACAGGUUCAUCAGAGUCGGUGGCUACAGGAUGCUCAACUCCUGGCUCACCUACUCCAAAACCACCAACAACAGCCCCCUGCUGCAGCUCAUCCUGCUCACGCUACAGAAGCUGCCUCUCAAAGUGGACCACCUCAAACAGAACAACACGGCCAAGCUGGUGAAGCAGCUCAGCAAGACUGCAGACACCGAAGAGCUGAGGAAGUUGGCAUCCGUGCUCGUAGAAGGCUGGAUGGCUACGAUCCGCUCCCAGAGUGUCUCCAGCAAUGCCAACAACUCUCCUGCUGAUAAGAAGAAGAAGAAAGAGGAGGGCAAGGUGCCGGUGCGGGAGGUGAAGGAGAAGAUUGUAGAGGAGGAGAAGAAGAAGGAGAAACCGAAAGCUCACGCACCGAGCCACGCAAAGAUCCGCUCUAUAGGACUGGAGAUAGACACCCCCAACCUGCCCCCCACUAAGAAGAUAACCACCGCCCCACAGCUGGGAGACAAGUACAACAUCAAGCCUCCAGUCCUCAAGAGGCCGAGCUCCGGUCCAUCAGACGCUCCGCCCCUGGAGAAGAAAUACAAACCUCUAAACAUGCCCUCUAACUCCGCCAAAGAGAUCAAAGUCAAGAUCAUUCCAGCACAACCGAUAGAGUGUACGGGGUUCCUCGAUGCUCUGAACUCGGCCCCGGUGCCCGGCAUCAAGAUCAAGAAGAAGAAAUCUAGUGGUAGUUCUCCAUCUAGCGCCAAGGCCGUCUCCCCCACCUCCAACAAGGCUAAUCCGUUUGACAGCAAACCCGCCGUGUAUUCUACAUCUCCUGCUAAACCAUCAUCUCCAGAGUGUGCUGCUUCCAUCAUUCCUGCUGAUGAGAACCUGGAGCCGGAGCGGCCCGGGACCCCCGUUCCCUCUGAGGAGGCGGAGGUCUCUGACAACGGUGAGAAGCCGAACGCUCUGGCAGAACCACGGGAAGAAGAGAGUUUGACCAAGAAGGGCAAGAAGAAGAAGACGGUCCACUGGGCCGAGGAGGAGCAGCUCAAACACUACUACUACUUUGAUCUGGAUGAGACGGAGAGAGUCAACGUCAACAAGAUUAAGGACUUUGGUGAGGCUGCCAAACGAGAGCUGAUGAUGGACCGGCAGACGUUUGAGAUGUCCCGUCGGCUCUCCCACGACACCAUGGAGGAGAGGGUCCCCUGGACGCCCCCGAGGCCCCUGACGCUGACCGGCAGCCUGGUCAUCAACGGGGCCAACAGCACGGAGAAACUGACCCAGAGAGACCGUGAGAUGGGCAUCCUGCAGGAGAUCUUCCUCAGCAAAGAGAGUGUGCCCGACUGUCCCCAUGAACCCGACCCGGAGCCUUAUGAACCCAUGCCCCCCCGUCUCAUCCCUCUGGAUGAGCAGGACUCCAACAUGCUGGAUGACGGCUACCCCGAGUCCAUGGACACCACGUCACAGCCGGGCUCUGCCUUGGGCCCGAACGAGAGCUCCAAGCUUCCCCCCGUCCUGGCCAACCUCAUGGGCAACCUGAGCAGCAGCUCUCGCAGUCCGCAGGCCACGAGCACCGUCAGCAACCCCGUGGCUCCCACCGUCAACGUCCAGGAGCUGCUCUCAUCCAUCAUGGGGGCUUCUGGGAACCAGUCGACUGAAGACCUGAUCAAGCAGCCCAACUUCUCAGACAAGAUUAAACAGCUACUGGGCUCCCUGCAGCAGAACCAGAACCAGAACCAGGGUGGACCUCCACCAGUCAACCCGGGUCUGCUGGGUCACGGUCCGGGCAUGAACAACAUGAACAACAUGAACAUGCACAUGCAGAUGCCCAUGAACGGCGGCUACCCGCCCAACAACCCGCCCGGCGGUCCUCGCUUCAACCACCCUCCACCCCCUCACAACCACGGCCCACCAUUUAACGCCGGCGGAGGCCCGCGCAUGAUGGGGCCGCCGCCAGGCCAGGGCCGAGGAGACAACGGCAACUACUGGGGAGACGAGUCCAUGAGAGGAGGACCUCACAGGGGGGGCCACUUCCACCGAGGAGGACGGGGCCGAGGAGGAGGAGGAGGAGGAGGAGGAGGAGGAGAGCCGGGCUUCAGGGGCAGAGGACGAGGGGGGCCCAGAGGAGGACACAACAACAUGAAUGACAUGUCCAAGAGGCCCGUGUGUCGUCACUUCAUGAUGAAGGGAAGCUGCAGGUACGAGAGCAACUGUGCUUUCUACCACCCCGGUGUGAACGGACCGCCGCUGCCCCCCAACCACCCCGCUAACAACCAACACAACCAGCACCCGCAGCACGGACACUAGCAGACUGCUGCCGCCAGCCUCGGCCCCUCUGGAGGAGGAGCCCUUCUCUGUGAUCGAACCACUGAACUGUUCCAGACACGAGCACAGAGAGCAGAGAGUGACGGUGAAGUCAUCGUACAGGUGACUGACUGAAGCAGAGCCUCACCUGAGAGAGAGAGCUAACAGGAGAGGAGGCUGAAGGCUGUCAUGGGACUGUGUGUUUUUAUUGGGAUCAUUUUAACAGUGAGACUGAAACAAGCCGCCACACUUGACCACUAUGUCUGAGUUGCUGCAGCUAGCUGCCCCUCCGCUCCGUCACUUUCCACGCCGUCAACGCCGUCGACCAGAUGGAAGUCUCCCACUCGGCAGAAAGCUUCUCCACACGACUGAAUUCCCUUCUUAUUGUGGCUGUUGUACCGUUGUACCUACAUGUGAUAUCGCUCUCAUAUUCCCUUUAGUUUGGCUCAUCACGGCUCAGGUCUGAACGGACGAGUCAUGAACUGUGACACAAACAUUUAGGAAGCACUUUAUAAAGAGAAAGGCCAACAGAGUUUAGCCACAGCUACGAUUUAUGAUUCAAACUGGGCCUGAAGAAGAACUGCAUAGUAUUUAAACUGCUUUAUUUCACCCUGAUCCUGAGGAAACCUUCAGAAUGAACUCCGCUGACCUGGUGAGCUCCUCCCAGCAGCUGCUACUGAAUGUGAGCACGUUAUGAAGAAUCAACAGCAUUGUGUGUUAUCAUACGUACGCUUUACCCCGGUCUGCAGCUCAUAGACUGUGUGUGUGUGUGUGUGUGUGUGUGUGCGUGCGUGCGUGCGUGCGUGCGUGCGUGCGUGCGUGCGUGCGUGCGUGCGUGCGUGCGUGCGUGCGUAUGUGUGGCCAUGGUCCUGUCUCAACCUCCGAGCGGCUGCCUGCGUCCUCUGCCAGCAGAGGUUUCUCUAGUCAGUGUUACGGCGCCGGCUCUGGGUUCCGCUCCAUUCAGUGUUUUCUGUGAAAACAAUGACCUUUGUGUCUCUUGUGGGACGGUAGAAUGUAAAAUGUUUCUUUUGUUGCUCCCUCCAUGUUUUUUCUUUUUCUUUUGAUGCGAUCUGGAGAAUGUCGGCCCCUUUUUUUAUGAUGGGUUCAGUUUUUUUGUCAGUAUGAAAUGGUUGUAUUCAUGUCUUUGUAUGAAUACAGAACACACCUUCAUACACAGUCAUACUAUAUUCUGUUGAAUUCUUUUGUACACAGUGUAUUGAAUAAAUGUCCAAACAUAAA